GGAGGAGGAGGGGGAGGAGAGAGGGGAGUGAAGCAAACCAAAGCAGAGUAAAAGCAAAGCCAGGGAUAGACUCGGGGAGGGAUUACUAGUUAACUCCGCUUAUUUGCAUGUGACAUGGUAGCCCACAAAGAUUUCCACAUUGUUUUUCCCGUCUCGUCAGCCCAGUUUCUACAUGGACGGAGGCCUGACUCGGUCUAAGUUUAUAGUAGUUAGCGAUCUGACGUUAGCUCUUGCCGUAAGCUAACUCCAGCUUCAAGCAAACAAACUUGUCAACAGCCGAUCGAUCCGGGACAGGACUCGGGACUGCUUUUGUGGUUUGUUUACCUCAGCCGGGAGGCAUAAACAUCUUCUGAAGCAGCAGCACAAGCGGGAGAGUGCAACUAUGGUGGCUACGUGACAGGAGAUGAGCUGCUGAAUCAGCUGCAACAGGAACCAUGGACGGGUUUCAACAAACUGCCCCAGAGGAGCAUGACGGGGUGAACGGCUACUGUGAGCCAAAGUGCCCCCAGGACGCAGCUGACGUCAGGUGGACGCCGCCGCAGGCAGAGUCUGUAGGCUCGGACAGUUGUGGUGCGACAAGCGUCUCCGAGGUGGCAGAUCUGAAAGAGUUAAAGCGCAGGGAGAGUGAAGAUGAGGAGGAAAAGGAGGAAAUGGAGGAGAAGGAGGUAGUCCCUGCUUCUAAAUACCCGAAAAGGGACCAGAAGAAGAGACGGAAAGAAGGGGAAGAUCAGGAGAACAGCGGCAACAAGCAAAACAGCAGCGCAUCAUCGAGCUACACGGACCUGUCCCAUACCUCAUCACCUUCGCUCUCAGAACAGCUGCGUUUGGGCCAAGAGGACAGCACAAGCUCCGGGAUCAGUGUGGAGUGUAAGGUCUGCGGGGACAAGGCCUCUGGCUUCCACUACGGCGUACAUGCCUGUGAAGGAUGCAAGGGCUUUUUCCGGCGUACUGUGCGGAUGAAACUGGAAUAUGAGCGCUGUGAGCGUUCCUGCAAGAUUCAGAAGAAAAAUCGUAACAAGUGCCAAUAUUGUCGCUUCCAGAAGUGCCUGUCUUUGGGAAUGUCCCACGACGCAAUCAGAUAUGGACGAAUGCCUGAGGCGGAGAGGAAGAAGCUGGUGGCAGGCAUACUCGCAGAGGAGCUGGACGUCAGCAAACCAGGUGGCUCAGACCUGAAGACUUUAGCCAAACAAGUCAAUACAGCCUACCUGAAGAACCUCAGUAUGACCAAGAAGAGAGCCCGCAGCAUCUUGACGGGCAAAACCAGCAGCACCUCACCAUUUGUGAUCUAUGAUGUGGACACCCUCUGGAAAGCAGAGAGUGGUUUGGUGUGGAGCCAGCUAACUCCAGGUGCGCCUCUGGCCAAGGAGAUUGGGGUUCAUGUGUUCUACCGCUGUCAGUGCACCACGGUGGAGACCGUGCGAGAGCUUACAGAGUUUGCCAAGUGCAUUCCAGGGUUUGUGGACCUCUUCCUUAAUGACCAGGUGACUUUGUUAAAGUAUGGUGUGCACGAGGCUAUUUUUGCCAUGCUGCCAUCUCUCAUGAACAAAGAUGGACUGUUGGUGGCCAAUGGCAAAGGCUUUGUGACACGGGAGUUUCUGCGCAGCUUACGGAAGCCCUUCAGUGAGAUCAUGGAGCCAAAGUUUGAGUUUGCCGUUAAGUUCAAUGCUCUGGAGCUGGAUGACAGUGAUCUGGCCUUGUUUGUUGCUGCCAUUAUUCUCUGUGGAGAUCGUCCCGGGCUAAUGAACGUGAAGCAGGUGGAGCAGAGUCAGGACAACAUCCUCCAGGCCCUGGACCUCCACCUCCAAGCAAAUCACUCUGACUCUGUCUACCUCUUCCCAAAACUGCUUCAGAAGAUGGCUGACCUCCGUCAGCUGGUUACAGAGAACGCUCAGCUCGUCCAAAAGAUCAAAAAGACUGAGUCGGAGACCUCGCUCCACCCUCUACUACAGGAGAUCUACAAGGACAUGUAUUAGUAGUCUCCAGCACAAACUGCUUUUAGCAAUACUGUUACAGACUGAAUUUUAUAAUGAAACACUGCGUUCAGUACAAGCACUGUAGUACGGGCAUGGAUUUCUAGGGUGCAGAUGAGGCAAAUUCACCUGGUAGUGCUAAAACAAUCAGCAGAGUCUUCGCAGUGUCAGCGUAACCCUCAGCACAGUUAUGCGUGUGUUUGUGUGCGCGCGCAUGUGACGAGCAUCUGGAAUCAUUUGCUGCGAGUCCCAGUUUCCCACAACGGUCACGUAACAGGAAGAAUGAUAUGUUUUCUCAAUGAGGCUGCUCCCGUUUCAUCCUGUUAGCGAAGCUGACCCCAGAGCGGUGUGCAGAGGGAGCUCAUCCUCGCUCCCCUCAGCUCUGUGUUUGUGCUGCAAAGGGAAAGUAUUUCACAUUCUCACACCAGUGGCACCGUUCAAACAAACGAGUGAUUGUAUUGUUUUCAGACUUAACUGACGGGAGAGAUACAGCAGCUGGUAUUUGUUUACAUCAUCGUCUUCAUCAUUAUAAUCAUCAUCAUCAUUAUCACUGACCACCACUUUGCCAUUUGGUAUAAAGAACACAAACUGGGCUGGCUCCAGCAGUGUAGAGUUCUCUCUUAAUGCAGAAAUGUGUGCAAUACCAUUUUGCCAUUUGUCAAUAAAUGUGAGAUCCAGUUUAUUUAGGUUUUGUCUUAAAGCCAUCUAGCCAAGUGUGAACUGUUGGACUGUGCUGCAAAGAUUUUAUUUCUGAAUCUGACACUAUACACACAUACAUACGUGACCUAUUGAAGUACAAGGGACGGCAUGUUUUCUUUUUUCCUUUUGAUAUGCAAAAUAUAAUGAAUUUGCCAUUUAAAUAUAUUUGUUAGGUUAUUCUUUGUAAUUCUGUAACAAAUUAUUUGUAGUUUUUGAUUGUAUUUCUAAGGGCAAAACAUGAAUUUAUCAACUUGUUUCAUAUAUUAGUUCAUAUGUGUUCUUUCAUAUUACAUGCCCGCCUGUUUUAGUUUUAGACUGUACCAAAUAUAUCACCAAGAAUACCAUCAAACCUCUCCCCAAUGAGGAGUUUGGAUUUUAUGGUUUCAUGUGCAGGAAUUACCUUAAGCCAGCAUUUUUAACCAUGUCAUUAUUACUGGGAUACUUGAUGAAAAUUGAACAUCUUCCAAUAUCACAGGGUGCUUUUGUAUUGGAGAUAGACACGGUCCUAGAUUAAUGCUCUUUUUAUGUGCAGGCUGAUGUGUCUUGAAAGGUGAGGCAUAGAGUGUAAAAGCCUUACGAUACUGUAGCCAGGAUCCAGGAUAAUCAUUUCUUCCCCUUUUCUGUUGUUACUGUCCCUGCUCUGUGUGAGCACUGGUGUGAGCACAGGUCUCCUCUUUUGCUCUUAUUCUGUCUUGAUCCCUAUCUACCUCUAAUGUACGAUCUGUGACAUUAUUCCGCUGUCUCAUCUAAUCCUUGACAUAUAUUAUUUUUGCCUUAAAUUCCUGCUACACAUUGAAAUCCUGAUGUUACUGGCUGGUGUGCAGUGUGCCAAGCUGACAAAGGAGCAAUUACACCAAAAACAAAAAGGAAAAAAAAUAAGUUGAUGUAAGCUACCUCUAUGCCUGUGUAAGUGAUGGACUGACAUAUUUGUUCAAAACUUGAAAUGAUUUCUUCUUAAUGGUCACAUGUAACCUAUCUGCACGUUUAGUUUAGUGAUUUCUCACUUAUAAACUUGAUUAGAAGCGGCAACAGUGAUUUUCUCGGUUUAUUUUUGUUUUAUUUUUAUUUUUGUUGGAAUUUUUUAUCAUGAGGUGGAUCAUACAACUCUUUCAAGUUGCUCCCUGCUGUGAUUGGCGUCCUUCAAUAAACUCUCUGAAUGGAGUGCGUAA